AUGAGCAAAUGGGUUGUUCGGUGGUCACGCAGCCACGAGGAGGGGAGGCGAUCAAUCGUUGGGUGCCUUCUUGUUAUCGCUGGUGCCUGGGUGGGAAGAAAAAUAAAAGUAGAUGAUUAUGUGCGUUCAGUUGGGAGUGAAUUAUAUGGCGAAAGAGGGAAGAAUCAAUUGUUCAAGGCGAGAUCGAUAUGGGGAUUUUUGACUGAAGGGUAUUUUGGGAAUAAGAUUCAAUUUUGUGUAGAGAAUCUCAUCAUUCUUGCAAUGGCUGGAACAACUCGUCGAUCAAAAGUCAAGGAUAUAAGUGUAGAGGUUGUAGACAUCAACCCUUAUAGCAGGCUCAUGGCACUGCAGCGGAUGGGUAUUGUGGACAAUUACGAAAGAAUAUGGGAUUUUUCAGUUGCCAUAGCUGUUUGUACUGACUCCAUCUUUUCAAUUCAUCAUUCUUUAGACUAA